UACCAACCUGACACACGAUGAACACCGAAGGUAAAGUUAGCAAGGGCCAAUUUUUGGGAUUCAUGACAUGGAUAACACAUAAUAUUUGAUCAUUCAAAAAUUAACCACUGCUCUGAACUCAUAACCUCUUGAAAACUCCAUGAAUGCAAUCUCAAUCAAGCCAUCAUUUCCACCAUUAACACACCUUCAAUGGCGUAACACAAGCUCCGAUCGCGUCUUCCAUCUUCAACCUCACACCCUACCAAUUCCAUACACUCACCUUCCACCCACACAACGCGACCGCCGGAGCCUCUUUUCCGGUCACAUAACCAUGUCGUCUUCAACCGACAUCCUCUCUCACCACACAGAACUCACAACGGAGUCCGAUUUCGAGCAAAUUGUUUCUCCUGAUGGCACUCUAUCUAUCUGCGGCUUCGGUUCCCUACUAUCUGAACGGAGUGCUAGGAGUACGUUUCCUGAUCUGGUUAACUUUAGAGUUGCAAAGUUGAAUGGAUUUAGGCGCGUGUUUGCUCAUGUUGCUCCGAUUUUCUUCGAGCGUGGGAUCGCCAAGCCUGAGACGAAGGAAAUUUCAAGCUUGAGUGUGGAGCCGUGCGAAGGUGAAUCACUUAUAGUUACUGUUUUUGAGAUUAACAAGUCAGAGAUUCCAUCCUACAUUGAGAGGGAGCAUGAAUUCCGUUUUUUGGCUGUACAACCUGAAACAUUAGAAGGCAGCCAAUAUGUUACCCCUGCUGUGCUCUGUACCCGCUAUAGUGAUGAGGAAUAUUUCAAGAAUAGAUGCAAAGGAAGCCAGGAGAUAUACCAUGAGCGGUAUGGACGAUUUGGUAUUGACAAGAUCUGGAGAGACGAUGUCUUGCCAUGUCGUGUUUAUUGUCGGCAUUGCGUGUUGGCAGCAAAGAAUCUUGGGAAUGAGGCGUAUGAUAACUUCUUGGAUCAUACAUAUCUUGCAGACCGUAAAACAACACUCAGAAAAUACUUGGCCACAACAGGCUCUGGCAUAAUGGAAGAAGAACCACCAGAGCCGCUCAAGUUUAGGUACGGCGGUUAACUGUGACAUCCCUGCAGGCCGUUAAGGAUAUAUAUUUUGGUAUCUAUUUGUAGUUCCCUUUUCAUACAAACUAGCCGAAUAUUUAACUAUUGGAUUGGGAGAUGUGGCUAUCAUUGUUGAUAGCAUCUAGAGACCUCUUGACUAGACAUCAAGUAAUCCUAUGAGGGUUUCAAACAUCAACAUGGAGUCUUUAGAAGUUCAUUUUGAAUGCCAAAUAUGUGUCGAUGAACAGACACGACUGUUCAGAUUUGGUUACUGAAAUAAGAAAUCCAGUAGUCAUGAAGGUUCGUUAGAAGUCUCAACCUUUCGUUUGACGGGUUUGAAUGUAUAAAAAACACAACAUAUAUGUUUAAUCUAUGUCCAUUUGAUAAUGUUACCAA